GCCCGAUCGAGCCGCUCUGCGAUGGAUUGGUGCGGCCUGCAGCUUCAGCUCAGCGACGAGGGGAGGGAAGGCCAAGAUGGCGGCAGGAGUGAGAGCGCGGAAGGGGCCGUGCGGAUAAUCGAGGGAGAAACGGAGAUCCCGAGGCUCCUGGACGUGUGAUGGGAGCGGGAUAAAUCGGGAUGUGUGAGAGCUACUCGCGCUCGCUCCUGCGGGUGUCUGUGGCGCAGAUCUGCCAGGCUCUGGGCUGGGAUUCCGUGCAGGUGACCGCCUGCGACCUCCUAACCGAUGUGCUGCACCGGUACUUGCAGCAGCUGUGCCGGGGGUCUCACCGCUACUCCGAGCUGUAUGGACGGACAGACCCCGUUUUGGAUGAUGUAGGCCAAGCCUUCAAGCUAAUGGGAGUGAAUCUCCAUGAACUGGAAGAUUAUAUUCAUAACAUUGAACCAGUUACAUUCCCUAAUCAGAUCCCAGCUUUUCCUGUCAUCAAAAAUAAUGUGCUGCAGUUCCCUCCUCCCGGAAGCAAAGAUGUUGAGGACCGAAAGGAAUACAUACCAGACUACUUACCGCUCAUCGUCUCGUCACAGGAAGAGGAAGAAGAGGAGCAAGUGCCUACAGAUGGUGGGACAUCAGCUGAAGCUAUGCAAGUUCCUCUUGAAGAAGCAGAGAUGGAUGAUGAUGAUGAUGAAACCAUUAAUGAUGAAAACUUUUUGCAUAAAAGACCUCUGGAGAGUCCAGAAAUGCAAGACAUGCCUUUUGCCAAACGCCAACGAAUAAUGAACACUAAAGGCGAUAUUUUAGAUGGAACAUUAGAACCACGAGAACCACUUAGUUCAAUAAAUGCUCAGAAGGUUUCGCCUAUUCUUUCACCCAAUCACAUACAGGACAGUUCAGGAUUGGCUCUUCCCGUCUCAGAAGCAUUAGCUUUGUCUCCUAUUUUAAAACCCCAAACCCCCUCUUCCAAACAGUUAGAAUCUAAAACGCUGACCUCUAAGUCUAAAUCAAAAGGUUCGCCAGGACAAAAAAACAAAUCUCCUAAAUCCACACCUCUGGCAACGGUACUUGGCAGUCCUAUAAGGUCACCUAAAUCUGGUCCAAAAGAAAAGAAAUCUCCUGGACGUUCUAAAAGUCCAAAGAGCCCCAAAAGCCCAAAAGCUUCUGGAGCUUCUGCUCAGUUGCCUGUAAAGGCAGAAACCCCAAACCGUACUCCACUAGCUGCACUAAGUGAAAAGGCAGGAAAGGAUAACAUACAGGUAAAGCAAAAUCAAAUGUUGCAAGAUUCUGAAAAAAUAAAUGCAGAAAAUCCAUCUAACAAACCAUCAGUGGCUGAAAAUACUAUUGAAGAUUCAAUUGAUGCUGUAAUUGCUCGUGCUUGCGCUGAGCAAGAGCCUGAUCCAUUUGAGUUUUCUUCAGGUUCAGAGUCUGAGAGUGAAGUAUUUACUAGUCCUAAGAGACUUAGCAUAACCGAGCCUGCUACACCUAAAAUGUCAGCAUCUAACAGCAGUCUUGGUAAGUCUUGCAGCACACCAAUUCCUGGUUCAGGUGGAACCUCCAGUUCUGAUAUUUCAUGGACAAUGGAUGACUCCAUAAAUGAGGUCAUUCGAAAAGUCAACCAAGAAACGCCACCAAAUAACCCCAUCAGUCAGCCAUGUUUCUCUUCUCCUUCAGCCUCUCCUCCUACUCCUGAACCAAUUGUCAAACUGCAAGAGGAGAAGAUUAAGCUGGUUUCUCCUGUAGAGCCAAAGAAGAAGAAGACAAAGAAAGAAUUAAAAUCAAAGAUGAAGAAAAAAGACAAGGAAAAACAGAAAGAUAAAGAAAAGAGCAAGGAAAAGAACAAGGAUAAAAAAGAAAAGGAAAAAGACAAAGAUGGUGGCAAGGAUUUAAAACUUCAGUGGAAAGACUCGAUCAAAGAUGAAGACUUGGACAUCUUCAAGUUAAAAAUAAAGGAUGUAAAUGACUCUGACUUAAAAUCAAAGCAAAAUGACAGCAGUGGGAAGAAAGAUAAGGAAAAGCAUAAGGAUAAAAAGAAAGACAAGAAUAAAAAGGAUAAAGAAAAAAAAGAGAAGGGAAAGGAUAAGAACAAAGAGGAGAAGUUAAAAAGUUUACUGCCAACACCUGUUUUGCUAACGCCAAAAGAUAUUUCACUUCCAGUGAUAAAUGUUCCCAAUGCUGUUAGGCUACCUUCUCUGAUGCCUUCUUUGUCACCAUUAAUUCCUGAAAAGGCGGUAGAAGAAAAAGAGAAAACUAAGGAGAAGGAUAAGAAAAAGGAUAAGAAAGAGAAGAAGAAAAAGAAGGACAAAGAGAAAGUAAAGGACAAAGAAAAAGAGAAAAAAGAAAAGGAAAAGAAAGACAAAGACAAAGAUAAGGAAAAGCAUAAGCAUGACAAACUAGCCAAAGUGGAGAUACCUAUUCCUGCUCCUUCACCUGUAAUCCCUCGGCUGACACUUAGGGUUGGUGCAGGCCAAGACACAAUUGUCAUCAGCAAAGUGGUACCCGCUCCAGAGGUAAAGGCAACUACAACACCAUCCUUGCCUAAAUCGCCUCCACCAGCCCCGUCUCCAGCACCCGUUCCAGUUCUUGUUGUGCCUCCUCCUCCUCCUGUCCAAGCCCCUCCUGCCCCCGCAGCUGCAUCCCCCGCUCCAAAUCCACCUCCUGCUACCCCUGCACCAAACAAAGAAAACUCGAAGGUUCCUUACAGGAGUGUAGUCACCGAGACAGUCAGCACCUAUGUGAUCCGAGAUGAAUUGGGCAAUCAGAUCUGGAUCUGUCCGGGAUGCAAUAAACCAGAUGAUGGUAGUCCAAUGGUUGGCUGUGAUGGAUGUGACGAUUGGUACCACUGGCCUUGUGUUGGAUUAACUGCAGAACCAGAGUCUGAUCAGUGGUUUUGUAUCAAAUGUGACAGCAAGAAGAAGGACAAAAAGCACAAAAAGCGGAAGCACAAAGCUCACUAAUAAGACCUAACCCUUCCCUUCAUAUCCAUCCCUGUGCUUCUCAUAGGAGGGACUUGUGGCUUGGCCAUGCUUUCUGUUCUGUGGACUGCUUUGGAUAGACAAGACCUUGGGCCCCAGGCUUGACGUCUCUCUGGCAGAUAAAGAACCAAGACGUAAUGGAAUCCAAGGAAAUUCCCGUCACAAGGCACUGGCCCAAAUAAAGCCGCCUCCUAUAUAGAUCCAGCAGUGCUCUUUUCUUGUAUAAUAGACGUAUUUUUGUCUUCACAAAUUAAACUUAUAAUCUAUUUGAUAAAUCCGUACAAGCCGUAAAAUGUAGUGAAUGAUUUUAAAAAGACUGGACUGCAAACAUUUUGCUUUUGACACUUGUGCUGCUCCGUAAUCAGACGCGGUUCUAUAGUGAUGUAUGUGUCAAGUACGUCGUUUCUUUAUUAUUUACACCAUUUUCCCCCAUUUUUUUUUCAUUUUUUUUUUUUGCUAAUAUAAAUAAAUGACCUCCGGCUUUGUGAAAUAUAUAUAUAUAUUUUUAAAGAAAUGUUUCUAUUCUCCAUUUUUUUUUUCUAGCCGUUUCAUGAUUGUAAUAUAUUUUAGAGUUGUUUUUGGUCUGAUUUUUAUUUAUUUUUUUAACCAUCUAUCCAAGCGUCUCGUGUUGUACUUGACAUAUGUUGGUUCGGUGCCCUUGACUUUGCGCUGGAUCGGCCCUUCGCAAGAGAAGUGUAAAUUCUGUGUACAGUCCUUUUUUUUGUGCUGUUGUGACAGCCAUUUUACAAAGCAGCUUAAAGCAGCAACACAUUUGUUCUUUCUUCAGAAAGUAUGUUUUGUAUAUAUUAAAGUGUGUUUAAAAUGUAA